CACAAACCGAGUGAUGAGGCACAUGUUUAAGGUUAUUCCUAAUUUAAAAUUAUUAAUUUUUAUUUCAUUGGCGAUUUUUAUUUUAACUGUUCAGUGAAUUAUAUGUAAUUAUGCUAUUGAACGAUUUGAUUGAUGAUUGUCUCUGGUUGAUCUUCGACAACUUCUUCGAAUUAGAAGAGCUGAUUCAAUUGUCUAAAGUCUGUUCAAAAUGGUCCAAUUUGAUUGAUCUAAGAUUCAAGAAAGUUAAAUAUCUUCUCAACAGAGUGACAAUUAAACAUUUAGAUCAUUCAAAAGUAUGGAUGGAGGAUCCAGAAACUAUCGAAGUUUAUGAUUUAAGGGAAUUGUUACCAAAUCUCAGGGCCAUUGAUCUCUUUCCUUACGUUGGUGAUAAACCAUGGAUAUCAUCAAAUUAUAGACCAAUGGUUGACAAUAAUCCGAAAAUAAAAGGACUGGUUGAUCUAACUGAUGGUUAUAAUCUCAAUUUGGAAAAUAUCGAGAUGGUCGCAAUGGAUAAUAAAAUGAUGGAGUAUAAAAAACUCUUUUGUCCUGAUCAGUUGAAACAAAUUUACUUUGAUUGCGCUUUUGAUCUAAAUGAUCUGAAUGAACUCGUCGAAUACUUUCCGAAUUUAAAGAGAAUCAACGUUAAGUUCUGUGGGAAACCAGUUCGUUAUGAUGGUCCAAAUUUAUUCAAUCUGAAGAUCUUUGAGUCUACUGUAGAUGGGCAGUUUGGUACCUGUAAUGCAAUUCAUGUGAUGGACUUUUGUCCAUCUUUGGAAAGUGCUUACAUUUGUGACCAAUCAGAUGAUGAAUUUACCAACAUGGCUCGAAAGAACUACAAUUUAAGGGAUUUGGUAAUUGUAAAUACACCAUCGACAGACAACUUAACAUGGCCAUUCUUACGAAAACUGUUGUCCAAGUAUCCAAAUUUACAUAAUCUUGCGAUCGACGGAGGUUAUAAAAUGGAUGAUAGUCGUGUUACAGAAUUGGUAAAAUUAUUACCAAUGAUAAAGCUGAUGGACUUCAGAGGAUCCAAAAAAGUUACUGUUAAAUCAGCUGAUUUUUUAUCUAAAUUCUGUCUUGAGUCUAAUCGAUCCAUAAAAAUCUAUUAUGAUUGUGAAAAGGAACCAAAUGACUGGCCUAAAUACGAUAAUCCUCGAGAAUCAAUUGUCUACGGAUUCGAUUUUAUGAAGCAUUGUUUUUAUAGACCUUUUGAUGAUCUUCCGCGCCUAAUUGAUGAAUUAAACGAUUUACCUGAUGAUUGUCUCUGGUUGAUCUUCGACAACUUCUUCAGAUUAGAAGAGUUGAUCGAAUUGUCUAAAGUUUGUUCAAAAUGGUCCAAUUUGAUUGAUAUAAGAUUGAAAAAAGUUAAAUAUCUUCUCAUCGAAUGGAAAGUUACUCAUUUGGAUUAUUCAAAAGUAUGGAUGGAGGAUCCAGAAACUUUCGAAGUUUAUAAUUUAAGGGAAUUGUUACCAAAUCUCAGGGCUCUUGAUCUCUUUCCUUACGCUGACGAUAGACCAUGGAGAUCAUCAAAUUAUGGACCAAUUGUUGACAAUAAUCCGAAAAUAAAAGGACUGGUUGGAAUAGAUUCUAAAUAUAUCAUCGAUUUGAAAAUGAUCAGUAUGGUCUCAAUAGAUCAAUUUUAUUAUGAGCAAGAGUAUAAAAAACUCUUUCGCCCUAAUCAGUUGAAACAAAUUCGUUAUAAUGAAGAUUUCCUGCUGAAAGAUCUUUCUGAACUCGUCAAAUACUUCCCUGAUUUGAAGCGACUCAACAUUUGGCUUGAAGGGCAAAAAGAUCGUUAUAAUGGUCCAAAUUUAUCCAAUCUGAAGAUCUUUGAGUUUUCUGGAUGCUGGGAUUCUUUCUGUCCCGCAUUUCAUGUGAUGGACUUUUGUCCAUCUUUGGAAAGUGCUUACAUUCAGGGACAAUCAGAUGAUGAGUUUACCAACAUGGCACGGAAGAACUACAAUCUAAGGGAUUUAGUAAUUGAAACAGUAGGGAGUGAACUCAUGACAAACUACAUAUCAUGGCCAUUUUUACGAAGACUGUUGUCCAAAUAUCCAAAUUUGCAUAAUCUUGCGAUUAGAGGAAGUGGCGAAAUAAAUGAUAGUCGUCUUGAAGAGUUGGUUGCGAUUCUACCAGAAAAAACUUUGGACUUCAGAAGAUCCAAAGGAGUGACUUCAAAAUCAGCUGAUUUCUUGUCUAAAUUCUGUCUCAAAUAUGAUCGAUCAAUCAAAAUUUAUUAUGAUUGUAAAAAGCAACAAACUGACUGGCCUAAAUUAGACUCGCAUCGAGAAUCAAUUGUCUACGGAUUCGAUUUCAUGGAACAUUGUUUUUAUAAAACUUUUUUCGCUCUUCCAGAUCUAAUUGAUGAAUGAACUCUAAUGCUACAGGCUCAUUUUACAUUGAUACUUAGUAUCACGUGAUUUAAUUAUUGUAUCAUCUUUUAUAAUUUAGCAAGGGAAAAAAUCACAAUAAACACUUAUAUGACCUUA